AUGGCCGGCACAGAAGACUUUCCGGUGAGUUUCUCAACCGCUUCAGGCAAAUAUAUACCGGUUAGUUAUCUGACCAAAAUUAAAACAAAAAUAUUUAUCAGGUAACCGCGAAAUCUCUAACCAAAGCGGCGGCACUUUUAGGACCGUACGAUGAUGUGCAGAUAAAACAGUUCACAGUGACCUUAUUGAGAUUUAAUAUAUCAUUUUCUUCAGAGAAAUAAAAGAGGAUCCUGAAGUGCAAAGUCGCAAAAGAGUUGCGGAACCGCCGGUUGUUCCAGUGGUGCCAACCAAGCAGAUUAAAAAUGAGGAGUAAGAAAAAAUUGCCUUGAUUUUUCAAAGCCAGUGGGAACCUGUUAUUUCGAUUUUUUCCACUUUAGAAUUCAUAUAUUGAAUUAAGUGAGGAGAAAGAGACGGUACCCGAAAAUCGAAAAAGAGCCGCCGAAUCGCCGGUUUUGCCCACGAAACGGAGAGCUGUUCCAUUUCAUGAGGCCAAAAAUCCCUCAGAAAGGUAUAAUAGAUGAAAUUUCGUGACAUACAUCCAAAUUUUGAUGUUUUCAGACUGACUCGGCGCCGUUCCCUGCCUGCCAGCUAUCGAACACCAUUUUCUGACGAUUCAAGUUCAAUUUUUCUAAUUUUCAGCAACAUAUAAAUUUCUUUUCAGAUAGCCCAAAUGAAAAUGAUUUCCAACUGUCCCCAUGGAAAUUAUCUCCAGUUUUCCGACAACAAUUGAGUCGUGGAAGCUUGAAAAUCAACCAAAUUUGUGUGUCUUAUAUCAAAAACUUCAAGGUUUCAUCCGUUUUUUUUUUUCAGCGGUGGAAGGAAAAGUGGAAAGUGUUGAAGAAGAGAACGCACUUCUGAUGAUUGAAAUCAUCUCGGAUGAGGGCCAAAAAUUCCUGGCCCGAACUCCCAAGCGCGUUUUUACGCCUUCUGUUCGGGCUGGAGAUCGGCUCCUUUUCCAUAAAGUUCGGCCGGUUUUCAAGGGUUUGCUUUGAAGUUUCUUAGUUUAGGAAGGUGUCAAGCGUGUUUCUAAUAGUUCAUUUUCUUUUUGCCCGAAAGUCGAAUACAAGAGUUUUCAUACGUUUCUGUAAUCUCUGUAUUUUUUUUGAUAUCGAAUGUUUAGUGAUGAAAUCGACUUCAUUAUCUUUUUUUACUUUAUGUUAUAUACAAACAGUUUUUUUAGGAAAAAUAUAGCUAUUAAUAUUCACCUAUAAGAUAAUAAAAAGAUUAUAACUUUUCUAUCGUAUUUAAUUGAAAAAAAGCUAUGAAACCUUGAGUAGAUCUAAUUGAAUAAUAUUUAUAUUUUUUUCAUCAAGUAGAACUCAUUAUUUAGGGCCAGUAAUAAAAAAAUUCAUAAUCAUGAAAUUUUUUUAGCUCUUAUUAUGCCCUUUUCAAAUUUGCGAAAGCUUUUUUUGACGGAGUGCUGUUUUUUUCAAAGUUCUUUCAGGUUAUCUACAGUUUUUUUACUGUGAAAGUUUCAGCAAAGAUUUUUGAAAGAUUCUUUAAAAAAAGAUUUCUCGUCAAAAGAAAAAAAGAAGCGAGAGGUCUUUGAAGAUCCUAGAAAACUUUAUUUGUACUAUUAUCAAGUUGAGGCUUUCAGAUCUUAUAAACUAAUCAAAAAAAAAAUAAUGAGCCGAGACAAAUUUAAUGCAGAUUUCAGGACGAAGAGCUAGUUUAGUCUUUUCGGUCACUCACGGUUUUUGUAACUUCAAAAUGUCCAAAAAAAGUAUUUUUUUAAAAAGUUUUUUUAACCAUAACAGGUAGGCUACUGGGCAGAAUCAAUACAGCAAAGGCAAGAAAAAAACUACCGUAUAUACAAACUUUUGCUCUACAAAACUGCCAAAAGACAGCAAAAAACAAAGGUCUUGAAGCGAAGAUGCUCACUUUUGAUCUAAUUUGGUGAAGAUUAUCGAAAAUUUUAGCUAAAACUUUUAUUAUUCUUAUUUUAAAUAAAUUAUCCAAACUUUCAGAAGGUCGCCUAUCUGAGAUCUUCGCCGACGCCGUCACUUCAUCUAUAACUUUUUGUCCAAAAGAGCAAAUCAACACGAAACCAACGUACAACCAGACUUACUAUUGUAAUUUUUUUUUCUAUAAGUCUGUAGAUUUUAUGAUAUGUUUGCAGCAAUCCACGACCUCCACACGAUCAAAGGUCUCGACGUGAAAGAAAAUACGAUCAAAGCUUGUAUUGCUGAUUUUGGCAGCACAGUGACGUAUAUCGGGUGGGUCACCUCGAAAAUGGAGUUUUAGUAGGAAAAAUUGAAGAAACAAGUCAUUUUAUUCUAAAAAAACAGAAAAAAACUCACCUUUAUUAUGAAUUUUAUUAACUUUUUAAACUUUCGAAGGGGCGGGGCCUGUGUCUGCGCUCUCCACCAACUUUCGUCUUUUUUCCGUGUCAAUACCCACUUUUCGUCGGUUCAAGCCAGCUGUAAUUCAGCUAUAGUGCUAUAAAAAUAGACAUUCGAAGCAGGAGAAAAUCAAGAAGUUGAAAUUUCCAAACUUUCAGUUGCGCCAACAAGGUGUGCCGAUGGAAACCCGACAAGAAGGACCAGGCUUCGAAAAGCACCGUUUGUCGGAAUUGCCGUCGGAAACGACAAGAAACCUUCUAUUUUGCUCCGAUUGUGAGUUAUCGAAUUAGAAAUGAAAUUGAAGACUCUUGAGAAAAAAAUAACGUGAAGCUCUCUUUAAUAGUCUUACACUUACAUAAGAUGAGUUUCAACUCAACUAUGAAUGAUUGAAUAUGUUAACUACUUAAUUAUGCGGAUCGAAAAGCGUUCAUUAAAAAGUAAGAGUUUGAUUUUUCGAGUUUUUUUCGAUUUUUCCACAUCAAAAAAACUCAAUUGACUUUUAAAUUUUUCCCGAAACAUAAUCCGGACUCUUGCAGUUGACCCUUUACGAUUUCUCUGGAAAAAUGUUGGCGACGAUUUCCGAUGAACUGAUGGCCAAAUUGGUCGGCGCCGACGCCAAAGAAGUCUAUCUCGAACGGGCUCAGCAAAGCUUCGCGGAUAGGUGAGGAUAAAAAGGAAAGAGAAGAAAAUUCAAUGAAAGCUUUAUUCAGUUUAGAAUUUUUGAAAACGAGAUAUAGUGCCAAACAGUCACGUUUUAAAAGAAUAGAAGAGAAAAAGCUAUCGUAUUUACAAACUUUUGCUCUACAAAACUGCAAAAAAGACAGCAAAAAACAAAGGUCUGGAAGCGAAGAUGCUCAAUUUCGAUCUAAUUCCAUAUACGGUGUUUUUGGCGGAAUAAAAAAGGUGACAAGCUAGCGCGGAAUGGGCUAUAACGUAAGCGAGAAGGAUUUUUUCUUUGAUCUAAUUCAGUACUCUAGAGGAUUUCCGCUCCAAUGAUAAUUCAAAAAAAAAUUUUCGGGACAUUUUAGUGACCACUUUCGUAGCGUCAGCACUCUUAAGGGAUCCCUAGCAAUUGUCAGAAACGUUCAUUACCGAGAUCCGAGUACGCUUGCAGUGCGAUUCUGCCUUUUUAAUAAAGCCUCUGAAAUCUUAAAAUCUCUUAGAAUUGUUCAAAAAGCGUAGAGGAUACUUCACACAACUUUGAACCAAGAUAAUAAUUCACAAGAACAAGAAAAUUUCACAAAAACUUUCAAAAGAAAAGCGAAAUACAAAAAAGUUUAUCAUUUUCCAGAGCUCACCAGUUCUUCAACGUCCCCUUUCUGUUCCGCCUGAAACGGACGUCUCCUGGAUACUGGAUGGUCCUCGGGAGAGAAUCCGUCGAUUUUCACGACUACGGGCAGUUCCUCCAAUCCAAAGUGACCCCAUAA